AAAUGUCAUCGGUGACAUUUUCAAUGUGGGUGUUGUUUUUCAUUGCGUGUUGUUGUUUUUGCGAGAAAUUUUGAUAAAAAUUAGUGAAUCAGCGUCAAUUUUAAUAAAGAUUAAAAAGCGUUAGUUAAUAAAUUUCAAAGUAAAUACCAUGGCUGCCACAUUAAAGCCUUACUUGACUGCAGUUCGCCAUUCGUUGACCGCUGCUAUGUGUUUGCAAGAUUUCCCCUCCCAGGUGGUGGAACGGCACAACAAACCUGAGGUAGAAGUGUGCUCCAGCAAAGAAUUGGUGCUUACACCAGUUGUAAUUUCACGCAACGAGCGGGAGCGUGUUCUAAUAGAACCCUCCAUCAAUUCAGUACGUGUUAGCAUAGCGGUUAAGCAAGCCGACGAAAUCGAGAAGAUCCUGUGUCACAAAUUUACUCGCUUCAUGAUGCGUCGCGCUGAGUCGUUCAUUAUUUUGCGCCGGAAACCAAUUGAUGGCUACGAUAUCAGCUUUCUCAUAACCAACUUUCACACAGAACAAAUGUAUAAGCAUAAAUUAGUGGAUUUCGUAAUCAGCUUUAUGGAGGAGAUUGAUAAGGAAAUCAGUGAAAUGAAAUUGGCAGUAAAUGCGCGUGCACGCACCUGUGCUGAGGAGUUUCUUAAACGAUUCUAAAAAUAUUUAAAGCAAUGGAUGUUUACAUAUACAUAUUAAGCAGUAAAGAUUGUAUCGGAAUGGAUAUGAGGUGCACGCUAACAUGGCCAGCCAAUAAAGUAUUCAGCAUUAAGAAACCAAAUGCUUAAAUUAAUACUAUGUGGAAAUUCAAAUUUAAUUUUACACUUUUUGUAUUUUCAGUUAAGAUUUCUUGGAUAUGUGUAACCAUGCAUAAGCUUCUUGCUCUAAAUUUUUAUACAGCUUAGGAUUAUUUCAUAAAUAAAAUAGUUUAAAUUAUGUAAAUACAACGCAUUAUCUAAGAAACAA